AUGGUUGCGAACCCACUGGGCAUACCGACAAAUGAGUUGGGCGAAAGACCGAACACUCUCUUCUUGAUCAACACGACCUUCAACGACAUGGAACUGUACGGCCAUCGGACCUCACGCAUGUAUCUCGAUCGCUUGGUUACUUUCUCCCCAAUUCUGCCGAACCGACCCCAAGUACAGGCAGAGCAUGCGUGCUUGUUGCAAUACUUCCAAGACACAGCCUAUCGCUCCCUCGUCACCUUUGGUACAACGGCUGAGCAGAUCCGAGAUGCCCUCAUGACCAUGAUAACGGCGCCCGACACCUCAUCAAGUUUCGCCCUUCUUCACGCAAUACUGGCCUACUCUUCACUCCACAGUCAGGGGCCCAAUAAGGAGGCCAUGGCACUCAAAAUACAGGCUCUUCAAUUUUUGUCAGUCUCUCUAAACGAGGGACCAAUGACGACGGCGAGAGCUGCCCAACAUGUGGCAGCCUCUAUGCUUCUUGGGGCCUUUGAGACUCUCCUCCCAUCAGACAGCUCGGGUGAGUGGCUGUGGCAUAUCUGGGGAGCCAUGGACACAAUCCGUGCCGCUCAACUCGAGAAUGUUUCAGAUGAAAGCGACACUCGGCAUCUGCUUGACUGGGUCUACUACCACGGAGUACUUUCCAGGUUUGCUGUGCAUCAUUGGCGUCAUCAGUCAUUGAUUCAGAGUCGUUCAAACACAAGAGGUGGCCCUUCUGGUGAUCAGUAUCUGCAGCUAUCACAGUACAGACCGACACUUCCUUCUCCCAAUCCUACCUAUGCCAUAUUAAGCCUGCUUUCCGAGGUAUGUGAGACACUAGUUGAUCCACGAGACCCUCGAAGCCGCCAUGAGGACUAUAUCCGCCGCCUCAAGGAACUAGAGAGCAGGAUAGAUACUGUCCCUGUCACAUCAACAUCGGCGAAACUGAGUCAUGAUGCUACUUUUGCCGUUGAGCUGUACCAAGUGGCAACGCGAAUAUAUCUGGCGAGGGCUUCGCAAAGUCCUUGGGAACCACCGGCGAAUCUGGAUGCUCUGAUAGAAGCGGGAUUCGCUGGGCCUAGCAAGACAUGUACUUCUGGCUGCGAGCACUUUUUCCCUCUGCUGAUUAUCGCCUGCGAAGCAAGGAGAGAGGAUCAAAGAGUAGCAAUCCUUAACCUAGUGGAAAGAACUCAGAGGGAUUCCCGUAUCAGGACUGUCCGAGGGGUCAUGGACGCGAUCCAGUCUAUUUGGGUGCAGCAGGACCUGCACGCUGACGGUGAUGUCUUGGUCAAUUAUCUCGAUGUCAUGAGCGUUGGUAUUAGCUCAACCAGUACUAUCCCGUCGUUUGCAUAG